GAACCUUCAAUAUUCAUAUGGUUGCUACUUCCGUUUUCAAGGGACAUUUGGAUUCUAGACUCUAUUCAUAGUAUAGAUCUAGAUAUAUAGAUUCUAAUUCAACUUGUGACUGUGUAAACGAAUACAUAUCUAGUCUGUAUAAUUCAUAAGAAACCAAUCAACGAAAAUGAAUAUAAGAUGUGCAACGCCUGAUGACUUGAUGAACAUGCAACAUUGCAACCUUCUGUGUCUGCCAGAAAAUUACCAGAUGAAAUAUUAUUUUUAUCACGGUCUUUCAUGGCCACAGCUUUCGUAUGUUGCUGAAGAUCAUAGUGGAAAAAUUGUAGGAUAUGUUUUGGCUAAAAUUAGGGAGGAGGAUCCAGAGGACUCUGUUCCCCAUGGGCACAUAACUUCGUUGGCUGUCAAAAGGUCUCACAGACGUUUGGGGUUAGCCCAAAAACUCAUGGAUCAAGCAUCUAGAGCCAUGGUUGAAAACUUUAAUGCUCAAUAUGUGUCUCUUCAUGUCAGGAAAAGCAACAGGGCUGCUCUCCACCUUUAUACGGAAAAUUUAAAAUUUUCCAUCAGUGAGAUAGAACCCAAAUAUUAUGCUGACGGUGAAGAUGCUUAUGCAAUGAAGAGAGAUCUUACAGAGUUUAGAGAAAAGUAUGGACUGAAGUCAGAUGCAUCAGUAGAUCAAUUGGAAUUUUCUAGUAGUCAAGAAUUGCAAAAAUUAAAAAAUCAAGAUUGAGUUUUGUUAAUUUCUGUUAUUAUUCAUCAGCAUAUGACUGUCGUGCAUGUGUGAUUGUUUAUGUACAUAAUUAUAUAAAUGCAUACGAGUUUUUUGUUUUCCUAUUUCAUUUCUAAAGUAAAAUUCAGUGCAUUUUGUAAAUAAGCUUUUUUUUUAACCUAAGCUUUUGUGUGUGUGUGUGUAUAUGUUUAUUUUAUCUAGAUUGAAAGUAAAUCAAAUGUUUAUAAUGAUACAAUCAUGAAUUGUAAAUAUGUAGGUGUAAUUGCUUUUUAGACUGCUGGUAAUGUUAAGAACUUUUGUUACAGAAGAAAUAGAAAAUGAGCUAAAAUUAUUAUACAGUAGCUAUUUUUAAGAAUAUUUUGUUGUACUCAAUGAAUGUUAAGAUUGUGUCCAAUAAAAUCAUUUCAAUUAAUUUCACAAGA